AGAAAAGGAGUUACUGAAGAAAGUUAAAAGGGUAAGUUUCCAAGAAUCUUAGACUUGGUGGGCAAGGAAAAUUUAGUGAAGGCCAUUAUUACCAUCAUUUUCGAUUAGGGUUUCUUAUCAUCUGUCGUCUUCACCAAGGAAAGGAUACACUAUGAGAUCUCUGCUUCUCUCCAGGCUUUGUCUUAGGAGCAAACCAUCCCCGCUCAGACACCAGCAUCUCGGUGGCGUUCGAUUCAUGUCGGAAACCUCUCUCUGUCACAUUGUCGGGGCCGAACAUUGUGGAUCUACUCCGAGAGAUGGGGACAUCGGUAAACUCGUAAUCAACGAUUAUACUGAAUCUUCUUCUGGAACCAUCAAGGCUAGCUUGUCAGGCCAAUGCAGUAAUAUGGUCUAUUACAUAGAGAACAACGGACGCGGAAUAGUUAACCUCGAAAAUAAUGACCAUGAUCGUAUAUUUAGAACUUACCCGGCCCCUUACUUCAUUCCACCUCAAUCCUCCUCCUAUUAGUAAGCUACUAAGCUCUCUGCUUCAGUGUAUUAAUGGUUUCAUCUUUCUUUAAGGAGCUUUGCAUUAGUCUGAAUUCAUCCUGUUUGCUAUGAUGUUCUGUUUUGUAAUGAGUCCAUGUUUCUCCUUUUUAUAGCAUAAAUUUAUCGUUUUAUCUUCCAGUUUCAGUUGAAACACUUGUUAUCAAUAAAUUUGUAUCUUUUCGUUUUCACCGAAACAAGUGUCAUGGCUGGUGCAAUACAAUCUUCACUCUACUUGGCUGUGCUUUGCUCUGUUUGCUUUUUCACAUCUUAUUGGCUAUCUGGUGCAAAUCUGUAUCCUUUUUAUAAAUAGAUUCUCAUCUCAAUAAAAUUUACCAUCUUGU